AUGACCUUCUCGCCAUCCGCCGAUUCAGAGCUCCCUCGCAGACUAUCGGCCCCUCCGUCGUUGCCCGGCUACGUUGCGUCCAACGACUUCCGCAUCUCCAUAACCACAUGCAGUAAUUCCUCGAGGAGCACCGAAGACACCAUGGACGAUGCAGUGAUGCGAAUUUUGCAGCUCCUCGACGCUCUGAAAGAUGUCAAGAACCAAGAUGAACUGCCUCCCGAGGCUGCGGAUAAUCUGACGGCACUCUCUCUAUCGCUCGGACACUUGGACCUUAUAGAAGAGUCCUGCAAGGUGGCUGGGUGGGCCGUGAUUGCCUACCGAUGUGUUGACAGGACAUACCCGCCCGAAUAUCGGGCAAAGCUGGCUUCUGCACUCAACUACCAUUCCGUCCGCCUCACCCAGAUCGGCGAUUCUUCAGACCAGGCGCUGGACGAGGUAGAUGAAGCGGUCGACAUCUAUCGUGUGCUCUCGAAGGAGGACCCCGAAGCCUUCAGCGCCGACCUCUCAUCUUCUCUGAACAAUCUCUCUAACACCUUGGCCGCGAUGGGCCGGCAUGAAGAGUCUCUCAAGGCGCAGGUGGAAUCUGUCAACAUCCUUCGCGCGCUUUGCUCCGCAGAUUCUGACCGAUUCGGGCUCCCGCUCAUCCGCUCCCUCAACAACCUUUCAAGUGCGAUGAAAACCGUGGCGGACAACCAAAAAGCACUGUCGAUCGUCGAAGAGGUCGUCCACACUAUGGACGCCCUGAUCUGGAAAGACUCCAAAGUGACAGAGCCGAUCCUCACCACCUGCCUGUUCACGCUAGCCCAAUGCCUGCAUGCGAUGGGCCGCACCAAAGAAGCCAUCAAGGCGCUCAAGCGCUCGAUCCAGAUCCGCCGUGAGCUGUGCAAGAGCAGCCCCAAGCACCACUACCCGCCGCUCGCGGACGCCUUCGCCGCCCUCUCCGAGUUCCGAUCGAAGAAGGGUGACCACCCGAGGGCACUCCGCGAAAUCGAGAAGGCGGUCUGGAUCGACCGUUCUCAGGUCGAUUUCAAACGGGAGUCGCGGACGCAGCGCCAAUCGCGGGCCUCGCACCUGGCGCGUCUCUUCGCGUGUCUGGUCAGGGUCGACCGACUACAUGAUGCCCUGAAGGCCGUGGAGGAGACGGUACAGAUCUGGCGAGAGCUGGCGGAGGCGAAUCCGGGAGAUUUUCAGCCAGACCUGGCAACCUCACUGCACAACCUGUCUGUACAUCUCUUUCACCUCGAGAGAUACACGGACGCCGCGCGAACGAUCGAAGAGACGGUCGAGAUCCGGAAGUCUAUCGCAGAGUCUAGAAGCAAGGAAGAUCGCAUACAUAAAUUAUUGAGAAACUCGGAGGAGGUCAAGCGGAGGAUCCAGGAAAAGCUCCACGCAUAG